AUGCAAGAGAAGAAGAAGAAGAACAAGAAAAAGAAGAUGGGGAAAAGGUGUUUCACCUCUUGCAUACGCGCACAAAUCAUCGUAGCCCCAGAUACUGCCAAUCCAGUCGCUGUAGUUGAAAUUCCCAGUCAAGUUAUCGCACCGGGUAUAACUACAUUCCCAGGCGGCUUUACUCCAAGUAUCAGAUACGCCGUGUGCGUUCUCACAGAUACACUUCAGAGUAGAUUUGGAGGUACUAGCCGCGAUAGUAGUGUAAUUGGUACCGCAAGUCCCGUUGUCGAGGAUUUGACUGAGAUAACCCGAAUAGCAUGGCCUGAAGCAGGACCCAUAAUUGUCCAUGUAGGCAUCCCAGGAACAAGGAACGAAGGACAUGGUGGGUCAUUCGGGUGGACCCCGGACUUAUCCGAUUGGUUGCCUAAGAUUUGUUUCCUAGGCCGGGUUGUUAUCCAAUAUCGUGAAAUUAACAGCUGCACUUCAGAAGUUUUGGCACAUCGGCUACGAGCUAAGGCUGGGCUUGGCGAAGCUUCGCUUGCGGACUAUGGAAAAAUUCAGGACUCUAAUAUCGGGCCCCUCCCUUCUGAAUGGGCCAAUAGAAUGUUCAAAUCUACGGGCCAGACAACUCAAUGUGACGUUUAUCCUGAUGGCCAGUGCGACUGCCCUUCAGGUUUCUGUUCCUAUUAUACCAUCCCCUCUGAGUACUGGGCCGAAUACGUUGCGAAUCAGAAUCAGUCGCUGGGCAUCAAUACUAUUGUCGGAGACUUCCCUGUCAAAUCAGCAAGCACAGUACCCGAUCUAGCGACUAUAUUCACCAAUGUCGGCGGUGUACUGGGGAUUGUCGGAAGCACUCUACCUCUGCUUGAUGAAGAGACUGACACCGCUUCGAGCAUGAUGGGUGUUAUGAGCGGGCUCUUUUCCACCGCUGGAUCUGACAUUUCCUCCAGCAGCGCGACCGAUACCGAACCAAUCACUCUGGAGAAGAAAGCUGAGGCUCUUUAUAGCCUGAUGUACACGGCUGUUCAGGAUAUCCUCAUUGACGGUGCCUACUCCACCAGUACCUGCUCCUCUAUCACCAGCGGGAAGGUGAUUGACGGUGCCUGUUAUACUCUUCAAUAUCCUGGUGCAGGGUGGGAACUGGUCAAGCAGAUCAUGACAGAUCCGAUUAGCAGUGAUGAUCUGACCAAGCUGACGGAUACCUAUAAUGUUGACCUUGAGAGUCUCUAUACCGACUCAUACACUUGCCAGAACACCACCGGUACAUAUGGGGGCACACUCGAGGUGAAUAUUCUGGAGUUCUCUUCGUCUCUUCCGACCUGCUUCUAUAACCUUCCCGUCUUCACGGUCGAAACGUCUGAGGAGCCUAAGGUGAACAACUAUCUAUCUUCGUUAUGCCUGGUGUACGAGCAGAACCUGACUGCUAAGACGGCCGAACUGGGUGUGACCUGGUUGCCGAGCAACCUGGCUGACAUUUUUGUCAAGGACUUUUGUGAGUGCAAUGCUGGUUCUAGAGAGUGCUCAGAGAUCUAG